UAAUUUGUGAGCUUAUGAAGGGCUUUGACAAUCUACACAAGCUAGCUGUUAUCUCUGUGGCAGGGUUUAAAAUUACGACUUUACAUUUAAAUUGAUUAAAUAUGAAUGGCCUCUUCUGUGACACAUAGUAAUACACAUCCUUUGGUGGGAAAUAUUGUAUUAGUUGGAGAUUUCCUCAUUAGACUGGGAGUCCUUUUCGUCAGUGCAAGAGAUGAUACUUACAGUUGUUUGAAGUUCAGUUUUUUUUCUAACGGAUUUCAUGAACGAUAGAUUUUAUCGGGAGAUGGAUAUAAAUUUUUUCGUAAUUGCAUAUCCACCAUUAUGAAGGAAUAAUGGGUAUGACCAAGGAUUAUCAGGAAAACAAACAAAAUGAGAUAUGCCACGACUGAUUAUAUGAAUUAAUGGCAAUUAUUGAGCAAUUUGAAAAUUUCGGUUGUGAACGUAAAAUGUAAGUAAUGGAUAACGUUAUUCUUUCUUUCGAUUAAAAACUACUUCAAAUGAAACUUUAAAAACAAGUAAAUUAAUGCCGAGUAACUUUAAGGUACACAAGCGUCUAAUGUCCCGAUAACUUAUAAAAAUAAAAUGGAGUUCUUUUGUUGUAAAAUCAAACAAUUCUCUAUUCAUGUAUUACAUUUACUUUAAAAUCAAAAGUUUGCUGAAUGAAACCUAUUAUUUACAAAUCAUUUCCCUGUACCCUGCAUCUCGACAAUUGUGACUGGCAUUGUCUAAAUUAUCAAUAUUAAGUCAGGUGGGAGUUUUUAAAGGCAAAAUAAAAUAAUUGUGAAAAAAAUAUUGUGAUAUGAACUUUGAUGUCAAAUCUAAAUUUUCUGGACAUUUCAAAGUUAUGCCAGUGACGUGAGUCCUGUUAUGAUAGACGGUCUGUCUGUGAUUCGGCAGGGUUUUGAAGACCUAUGGUGGUUGUUUUUACCCAUUCACUCUGUAAGCCGAUUAAGAUGUUUUUUGUGAAAAUACCUGGAUGCAUGAAUAUGAUUUUAGUGGUGAAUGAUGAUACUGUGAAUUGAUUGGAUGAAAUGAAGGCUAAGGAAUUGUGUAACAAGAUGUCCAUUCGACUGAUUGUUCCGUGAAUUUAGAUUGAAAUCUUUUGAUCUCGGGGAUGUACGGAUUUAAGCUGGUGCUAUACAAGGAGUGAAAUAUCAAGAAAAUUUCAAAAUGGCGCUAGUGGAUAGUCUAUUUCCACCAAUAAAACUAACAAAAAGCAGCAUAUUUCCAUCAAUAAAGAAAAAGGGCAGGAAUAAAACUUUGGCAAACAUGUUUACGAGGCCCAUGUUAAGUGAUGUGCCUCGCAAGAUUGUCCUGUGUUCAUUACCACCAGUAUCUGUUCCAAAACGUCUGGCCAAGCGUCCCCGCAACAAUCGGUUAAGGCGCCUCCACGUAAGAGCACCGGUUUAUCCAAAGCUUCACCGUUUAGGUUCCGGUUUGCUUCCUCCAGCAGUCGUAGACAGCCAGAUCUUGACGGAUAUGAUGUCAUUGCUGGAUACCCAAAGAUCUAAAGGUGCUGUUAUUGAGGCAGACCUCCCAGAGGACAGGUCAUCAGAAAAGUCAGGGUCACUGAAGCCAAAGCAACCAAUCAAAAGGCACGGCAAAGACCGAGCGCGCUCCACGUCGAGUUCCCCAGCCCCUGAGGAGAAAGAAUACAUUGGAGGUGUACCUGUGGUGUCCUUCAGAGACGGGUCAGGGUCACCCAGCUCUGUCCCCCAGCUCCCCCACAUUCCCGGGACAGCUCCUCUGACGCCGAUUGGGGAGAUGAGCAGAGAACAGACCACAGUGGUCCCACUGCCACCCAUAGGAAAAGAAGAAACCAAGAACAAGAUUGACAUCCCCAUUGGAAGCAUACCAGCUCUGCACAUUCAGCCGCCAACCCCACAACAUACAAUUCUUGAGUCGUAUGAUGCCACAGGGCAAAAGAAUGGGAAUCUCAAGUCUGUUAGCGAAGCAGACACAGAUGAGGAUUGGACUGCUCAAGUGUCUCAGUCCCGUGUGGCAGAUCACACCUCUACUAAAGGGGACGUGGAAACUGAGUCCAAGAAGGACAAGGGUGAAGUUUCCUCACAUGUCAAGGGUUCCACAGAGAGCAGUGGUACUGGUGUUCACUCUAUAAGAGAGAGUAAGCCCAACCGAACACACUGGAAGGGCAGUCAGACAAGUGUCAGGAGCUCCAAAAAAGGAUUACAAAUGCAGGACAGAUCGCAAAGUGAUCACUUAUCGAGUGCAAGCAAUCAGUCUUUGGAAAUUGCUUGUAAGACAAUACAAAGAUUAAGCAUGCUUAGGAAGUACAGCCAAACACCCUCAACUACUGAAUCUAACCAGAGUUCUAAUCGAACACAGCCUUCACGGAGAAGUAGCAUGCAGGGCAGUCUGUGGGAAACAGAAACUGGUAGUAUAGAUGAUGGAUCAGUCAAGGGCAGUGUUAUAAUGGGUCCAGAAGGGGAGAUAAUUAAUGUAGGUGGAACGAUUAAACCACACCUCAGAGACAUAGACAUGGUUCAAGACGCCAACAAAGUGUUCGGAAAAGAUCUGGCAAGUGAUGACUCUGAAGCUGACGAUCAGCCAGAUGAGUGGAAGAAACAUCGAACUUUACCGCCUGGAGCUCGCGAUCAGAUGAAAAAUUUCGCUAACAAACGAGUUACAUCCUCAAAUUUAUCGAUGACGGAGCCCCUGCGCCCGCCUCCCCAUGGCGACCCAUCCAAGAUUGAUUAUACCAGUGGGGACAUAGACGCCACCUUGUCAAUUAACUCCUGGAGCUAUGCCCCCCGUGACCAGGAUCCUGAACUGAAUGAUCUCAGAAAAACAAGUAGUUUGCAGAGUCUCCCCAAUCUAGAAGAUUCUGCAAAUUCCAAAGUGUCUGAGAAGGAAAUCAUGGAUGCCUUGGCAGACCACGCCCAGCAGAUAGCUCAGAACGUGCUCAGUCGCAGUGUGUCAGGAAAAGAUCUAGAGGAGGAUGUCAGGCGGGCAGCUAGGCUAUGGAUGGACACACACCCCCCACGGGAUAUUUCUAGGAGUCAGUCGGUUCAGGACAAGUCUAUUGUACAAGAGAUAAUCGCAGGGCAGGAGAAGAGGAAGAGUGCUGGACCAACAGCAGGAGAAUAUAGAGAACUGAUCAAGGCUAAUCUCAAAACUGCUGUGUCCAGCACGAGUGGGGAGAAUGUCCCGGUGGACACAGAGGUCAGUCCGGAACUUCUAGACACACUGGCCAAGGAGGACAUCGCUCCGGAGGAUCUAGAAAUCGUACAAGAUGAUGACGGGAAGAGUCUGAUCCGCAGCAAAAGUCAGGUCUCCAUGGCAAUGGGUGGAGUCAAAGAAGGUCAUAUCUACGUACCAGUGGCUAAAAACGGGCAGAAGGGUCCUGCUACUAGCAUUCCAGUGGAUCGUCAAUCUAAUGCUGAUAUAGGAGAACUUGCUGUCAUUCAUUAUUCUGGGGAGAAGGACUUGGUAAAGGAAAGUUCUGAAAAGACCCCCUCAGAUCGGGGCAGUAAAACCAAGUCCCAUCCCCCCUCAACUCUCGGAGAAUCUAUUGCAGAAGAGGAUCAAAUCCCAGAUGAUGCCUCAGAACCUAAGUCACAUGUGUCAUUUAAGGAUGAAGUCGAGAUAGAGGAUGAGUUCCAGAAAGCCAUUCAGGGAUUGGAACAGAAAUCGGACAAGCAGAGCGUGAAAAGUGCAAAGACAGAAUCUGACGGAAAGAAAAGUAAAGUUUCCGUGGACAAGUCCACAACACCGAUUAAGAAAAAGGAGGAGUUUAUUGUAGGCAAGGUUGACACAAAAGAUGACAUAAAGGCCCUGUACGGUCAACCUGACCCCCCUCCCAAGGAGCCGUCACCUCCAACCAUGGCUAAGAAGGCCAGCCCUGUCAAAGAGUCGCCUCCCUUGCCCUCUCCUCCGAAGAGCGCUGAGUUUAUGGUGAUCUUCUCAAAGAAAAGUCAGGAAUUGGAAGAUAUUCCAUUUCACAAGGGGGGUAACCCCAUAUCAAAUCCAGCCAUGCCAGUGCUUGAUAGUCUGAGAAAAAAAUCGAAAGAUGAAGAACCUAAAAAACUUGCAGUUGAUGACAAAAGCAUCAAAUCUGCUAGCACGGCCAAGAGCAGUACUACUGGUACUAAAACCAUGACAUCUGUUAAGUCGGAGGAAAUGGGUAAGGGCAAGUCUAAGAAAGUGCCCUCCCCAACCAAAAAGCCCGCAGCUCCUAAAGAGGUCAAGCCCAAAGCCAAAGGUAAGGGCAAGGGCAAAAAGAAGGAGGAAUCACCUGAACCGAAACCAGCAGAGCCAGAACCGGUGGCACCAGUGGAGCCACCCAAGGAACCGACACCACCACCUCCCACACCACCACCACCAAAAGAGGAACCACCUUCUGAUCCCGAGACUGACAGAGAGUCAAUGUCCGACUUGAAGAGUGAGGAGAGUUUUGAGUUCCAUAUUGUCAGGGAUUCCCCGUCCCCCAGUCCUCCGCCGACCAAGGCGCCCUCGAUCCCGUCUGUAGAGGAAGAACCAGAAACAGAGGAUGAGGAGCCACCGGAGGACGAAGAUAAAGGGGUGAAGAAGCAAAUUGUCAAGAAGACAAAGGAUGAGGCAGCACGGCUGCGCAUGAUUUCCAACAGAGAGGCAAGAGCUGCCAAACGGGCCGCACAGGCGGAGAAACGACGACAGGAAGUGGAAAAACGGCGACGUGAAAGGGAGGAUCAAUUAAAGAGAGAGAAAGAAGAGUUUGAACGACAGCAGCAACUAAAAGCUGAACUUGAGGAAGAACGACGAAGACAGGAAGAGCAAAGAAGACUUCGCCGUGAGCUUGCAGAUGCAGAAAGAGAUGAUGAGGAGCGAAGAGAGGAAGAGAGAUUGAGAAGACAGAAACUCGAAGAGGAGAAGGAAAGAAGAAGGAAGGAGGAAUACCAAAGAAAACUGGAGGAAAUGAGGAAGAGACAGGCGGAGGAAGAAAAGAGACGUCACGAGGAGAUGUUGAAAAAACAAGAAGAGGAGGAAGAAGCUAAGCGAUUGGAGGCUGAGAAAAUGGCUGCCAUGGAGGAAGAGGAGAGACGACAAUACGAGAUUCAGAAGAAACUUGAGGAAGAGGAAAGGCUGAGGAAAGAGGAAGAAGAAAGACUUCGCCGUGAAGAGGAGGCCAGGAAAGCUAUGGAGGAAGCACGUCGCCUGGCCGAGGAAAUGGCUCGAAAGCAGGCGGAAAUGGAGGCCCGGCUCAAAUUCAAUCGAACCCUUCAGGUGGAGGCACAUGGCCUGGAACACUCUCAGGACAUCACUCGAGCAUUUGUUUUCUCGUACUUUGAACUUCUCCAAUGGCUUGGUCUGGACAUUCCUGAAUUUGAGUUGUUGAAAUUGAAUCAGUAUUGAUUGUUUUAGGAGUAUGUAUUGUUGCUUGUAAUGGUGAUAAGUUUUUCCAAGAGUAGCAGUAUUACCGCUUUGUUAAAAUCUAUGAAGUUUUUCAUCGAUUCUGUUACAGAGGAUUCCAGCGCUUGUUCUCCCUAGUCUUUCACAAGUAUUUAUAUCUUUCCUGUUCCAUUUGUCAAUGUCUUAAUACAUCUAGAGAUAUAUUUUGCUAUCGUUCAUAACGAUAUAAUGUACUUUAUUUUAUGUGACAGGCAAUUUAUUUUCUGAGAAAUUCAUUUGAUUUUCAAUUUUACUUUAUCUAUCUACUGUCAGAACUAAACUCUGUAAUCUUAUGAUACAGUGAAGAGGCUGUUAAAGUACAAGCAAUGUAUUACUAUGUAUCUAAUUCAUUGGGUAUGGUACUGUGUUUUGUUAAGUAUAUACAGCAAUACUUGUUUCAAGGUCUUUUUGUAUUCAUUUAGAAUCUAUGAAAGUACCAACUGUUAGCAAUAGGACAAUAUGAUAUUUAUCAAACAGUUAACAAUAUAAGACAUUUAUUUUAUCCUGCAUGUGUGCUAACUUUGAUCCCAGUAUUUGAAUUCAUUGUAUAAAACAGAUUGACAGUAUUUUACAAAAAAACAACAACCCAAAAUAAACACUGUAUUUUAUCAAUAAUUUACCUUCACUGUCAAUUACAUUGUUCUAUAUUAAACAAUGACAGACGGUAUAUCAUGGAAUAUUAUUUCAACCAAUUGAGGAAUACCAUACAUAAUUUAACAUUUGUGCACAUUUUAGCAUUUUACAUUGUUGUCACAUUGGCUAGCCAUGUUAAACACAUUUUUUUUUUAUUUGAUGUAUGUAAUUGUCUGUUGAAUUUUUUUUUUAAUACAGCCACAUUUCUGCAUUGAUGACCACCAUUUUGAUUUGCUGAUCACCUGUGUGUUGACCAAUAUUUUUAUCGGCACCACAAUGUCCUGCCAGUUGAAAUCUGUGAUGUAGUGUAAUUUCAUCUACUGUGAUACAAUGUUUAUUUAUACUCAUUUUAUGUGGAAAUAAAUAAUUUUCACAUUUUUA